GCCAGGUGGUUAGCGUUUAAAAAGCCGUCUUGGCCUACAUUUUUGUUUCCUUUUUAGUUUUGCACUCCGUGCUAUCGUAAUCAAAACAUAACCAUCUCCCCUUCCGCCAUCUCCAAAUAUAAUCCUCAAAAUGGGUGCCACCACCAACGCCGCCGCGCCGCCUCAGGGCAUUGAUUUGUAUUCUCGUUUUGCUCUUGCCGGUGCUUUGGGCUGCUCCGUCACUCACGGCGCAUUUACUCCUGUUGAUGUCGUCAAGACUAGGAUCCAGCUGGACCCGGCCACCUACAACCGGGGCAUGAUUGGUGGUUUCCGCCAGGUCAUCCAGAAUGAGGGCGCAGCAGCCCUGUUGACGGGCUUCGGCCCGACGUUUACUGGAUACUUCAUCCAGGGAGCAUUCAAGUUUGGCGGUUACGAGUUUUUCAAGAAGCAGUCCAUCGACCUGCUCGGUCUCGAGACUGCGCGCCAAAACCGUGGCCUUGUCUACUCGGUCUCGGCCGCUUCGGCCGAGUUUUUCGCGUCGAUUGCGCUCAGCCCUCUGGAGGCUACCCGCAUCCGUCUCGUUUCGACCCCGGGCUUCGCCAACGGCCUCGUCGGUGGUUUCACCAAGAUCCUUAAAAAUGAGGGUGUUGGCGCGUUCUACUCUGGAUUCGUGCCCAUCCUGUUCAAGCAGAUCCCUUACACUGUGACCAAGUUCGUUGCCUUUGAGAAGGUUUCCGAAUUCAUCUUCUCCCAGCUUGACAAGUCCAGCUUGUCUAGCAGCGGCCAAACUGCCGUGAACUUGGGCUCCGGUCUCAUCGCCGGUUUCGCCGCUGCGAUUGUUUCCCAGCCGGCCGAUACCAUGCUGUCCAAGAUUAACAAGACCAAGGGUCUGCCCGGCGAGGGCGUUAUCUCGCGCCUGGUCAAGAUCGGUGGAGAGCUUGGUGUCCGUGGCUCCUUUGCUGGUCUUCCCACUCGUCUUUUCAUGGUCGGUGGUUUGACUGCUGGUCAAUUCGCCAUCUACGGAGACAUCAAGAAGGCUCUUGGUGCCACCAACGGCGUUGAGAUCGCCAAAUAAACCUCAGUUCGGAGGAUGAGAGGCACGAGGCCGUUGUAAUAGGUGAAUUGAUGUGGAAGUUUGCUCAUGUUCGGUGCAAUGCACGCGGUUGCUCUGUGCUGUAUAGACUUGACUGUCCGUGUUUUUGAUGCAUAGCGUUAGACUCUUAUUUACAGCUCUUGGAUUUUUACCUGAUAGAUACCUAGAUUCCAUGACAAAGAACGACAUCUGCUUUGAACACGCCGAAAGGGGGUUAACCUCUUUAUCUCUCGAUGAAAUCCACUGCCAGGAGUUUAAUGGCAUAGGCCAUGUCAUCGGAGUGAAAGAACCUUUUGUUUGCUGGUCUGGUCAAGUUUUAGUAGCAACUGUGACAAGCAGGUCAAUUUCCAG